UGAGCACCUGUUCCGGAAACUGUGGCCAUUGUUCCUGCCAUCCUUCCUUCCCCUGGGCCCUUCCUGUUUGUAUCCGUCCCGCUGGAGCCCCUGACCCCACCCGUGCCAGGUGCUUCCCUUGGGAAAACUCUGACCCUCUGCAGGAAGAGGGGUUGAAUGAGGUUUUUUCCCCCCUCCCAAGGAAGAAGAAGGAUUGGAGCUCCUGAGGCCACUGGUCUUGGUUCCCUGUGCCCUCCGCCCACCCACCAUGUUGGGUGCCUGGCAGGAGAAUGAACAAAGUUAAGAGUCAGAGAUGGAUUCUGCCAGCUCAGUCCUGGGAGGGGCCCCUAUCCUACUGCUUCAGGUCCUGGACCCCUGUGACCCCAGUCACACCCCAGCCCCUCGUUGGAACUAGGGCGCUAGACAGUUAGCCUUGGGACUUCUACUACUUUCUCUAGGGGUCCUGUUCCAGGUUCUCUCUGGAGCCCACAUCUGCUACUCCUGGGUGGGCUGGGGUGGGGGAGCUGACACAGAGAACAAGCUCCUGGUUUUAGGGCAUCUGGAGAGUUGGGCAGCAAGUGCGUGCCUGCCCCUGAUGGAGCCUCCCAACCCCCAGAAGCAGCCGCCUGUGCCCUGGUGACACUUCAUGGCCACAGCCCCAGGCCCUGCUGGCAUUGCCAUGGGCAGCGUGGGCAGCCUGUUGGAACGGCAGGACAUUUCCCCGGAAGAGCUACGGGCGGCACUCGCAGGGUCUCGGGGCUCCCGGCAGCCUGAUGGGCUCCUCCGGAAAGGCUUGGGCCAGCGCGAGCUCCUCAGCUACCUGCACCUUCCCAAGAAGGAUGGCAAGACCACCAAGCGGGCCCCUCGGAAUGAGCCUGCCGACUAUGCCACCUUCUACUACCGGGAGCACUCUCGGGCUGGUGACUUCAGCAAGACCUCGCUGCCUGAACGGGGGCGUUUUGACAAGUGUCGCAUUCGCCCAUCAGUAUUCAAGCCGGCCUCGGGCACCGGGAAAGGCUUCCUGUCCAUGCAGAGCCUGGCGGCCCACAAGGGCCAGAAGCUGUGGCGCAGCAAUGGCAGCCUGCACACGUUGGCCUGCCACCCGCCCCUGAGCCCCGGGCCCCGGGCCAGCCAGGCCCAGGCCCGUGCCCAGCUGCUGCACGCCCUCAGCCUGGAUGAGGGUGGCCCCGAGCCCGAGCCCAGUCUGUCUGAUUCCUCCAGCGGGGGCAGCUUUGGCCACAGUCCCAGCACUGGCCCCGGCCCCUUCAGCUCCUCCCUGGGCCACAUUAACCAUCUUGGGGGCUCCCUGGACCGGGCCUCACGGGGUUCCAAGGAGGUUGGGCCACUGGCUCUGCUGAACUGCCUGCCCGAACCACCACCCCCCUACGAAUUCUCCUGCCCCGCCGCCGAGGACAUGGUGGCUGUGAUGCCGGACACCUGUGAGGAGCUCAAGAGGGGCCUGGGUGAGGAGGAUGGCGCCAGUCCCUUCACACAGGUGCUGGAAGAGCGCCAGCGGCUGUGGCUGUCUGAGCUGAAGCGCCUCUACCUGGAGCGACUGCACGAGGUGACCCAGAAGGCCGAGCGUAGUGAGCGCAACCUCCAGCUGCAGCUGUUCAUGGCCCAGCAGGAGCAGCGGCGCCUACGCAAGGAGCUGCUAGCACAGCGGGGCCUGGGCCCGGAGCCCCGGCCCCCAGGCAGCCUCCCAGAGGCCGAUCCUAGUGCCCGAGCAGAGGAGGAAGCCCGCUGGGAGGUGUGCCAGAAAACAGCAGAGAUCAGCCUCCUGAAGCAGCAGCUGCGGGAAGCCCAGGCGGAACUGGCUCAGAAGCUAGCUGAGAUCUUCAGCCUGAAGACACAACUUCGGGGCAGCCGGGCACAGGCCCAGGCCCAGGAUGCAGAGCUGGCCCGGCUGCGGGAGGCCGUGCGGAGCCUUCAGGAGCAGGCCCCGCGGGAGGAGGCCCCAGGCAGCUGUGAGACUGAUGACUGCAAGAGCAGGGGGCUGCUGGGGGAGGCGGGAGGUGGUGAGGCCAGAGAUGGGGCUGAGCAGCUGCGGGCCGAGCUCCUGCAGGAGCGGCUCCGAGGCCAGGAGCAGGCGCUGCGCUUUGAGCAGGAGCGGCGGACAUGGCAGGAGGAAAAGGAGCGGGUGCUGCGCUACCAGCGGGAGAUCCAGGGCGGCUACAUGGACAUGUAUCGCCGCAACCAGGUGUUGGAACAGGAGCUGCGGGCUCUGCGGGAGCCCCCGGAGCCCUGGAGCCCUCGGCUUGAGUCCUCCAAGAUCUGAGGCCCUCGGAGCAAGCUGACAGCAGAGGCACUGUCAGAAGAUGGCUUGGACGAGCCCACCCUGAGACGGCCAGCUCCUUCCUUACAUUGGUCUGGGAUGGAAGCUGCUGAGACCAGCCAGGGAUGGAGAGGCUGGCCGAGAGGAGGGAUCCAGUGGGGCUGUGGGCUGGAUGGGGUGCCAGUAGCAGGAGGAGCCAGGGCAAGAUCGCCCUGGCUGGCUGAGGAGUCUCCAGGCAGAGCCCAGCCCUGGAGUAGGUGUGGCCCAGGAAAGGAGGUUUGCAAGUGAAGAGCCCUGUGAGGCAAAAAGGGCCAGUGUGAGGAGGGGAGGCUGGGAUGGGAACUUUGGCCUCCCCAGAAUAAAAUCACAUUUUCUACGAGGAA